AUGUUGGACACCACCGCAAGGCAGUGGUAUUCUUCUGUGCUCGGUCGAAUUUUGUAUAACGUUGCAUGUAGAGUGUGCAAUGAUAAUUCAUCCGGUAAACAUUAUGCUGUUCAUGCAUGUGACGGAUGUGCGGGGUUUUUUAAACGCUCGGUACGACGAAAUCGAACGUAUAUUUGUAAAAAUAAAAAUAAAUGUGUAAUUGAUAAAUAUCGUCGAAAUCAAUGUCGUGCUUGUCGUUAUCGUCGAUGUAUUGAAGCUGGAAUGAACAAAGAUGCUGUUCAAAAUGAAAGAGGACCAAGAUCUCAGUUUGGUGAUGAUCGUCAUUUGAGAAGAUAUGUUUAUGCAACCGAUACGACGGAUUGGCUUCAUCGCCAACAAGAAUACAAAAUAACAACGGAAACACCGCCAUCGUUAUCAACGCCAUAUGAAACAUUUAAAAUUGAUUUAUUUGUUUAUGAGAUGGCAGCUCGGAUUUUAUUUUUUAUGGUUCGUUGGUUUAGAUCGCUUAAACAAUUUCAACUUCUCAGUAUAAAAGAACAGAUUGCCAGUUUACUCUACUGUUGGCACGAAAUAUUUCUGUUAUGUCUAGCUGAAUAUAAAUUUGAUGUACCAUGGAAAUCUAUCAUACAAACGGUUGAAUACACAAUAUUUGGUCGUAAUGUAUUUGAGGAACAUUUAUUAGCCUUGAACGAACAUGUUCGCUGUGCCUAUCCGUUGCAGCCAUUACGAUUUAAUCAAUUAAAAUCAAUUUAUUCAGCAUUAAGAACGAUUUCAUCGAUUAAUGUACAGCAAACAUUUUUCCAAAAAGUACUUGGCUAUUGUUCAAUAGAGGUGAUAUUGCGUAGCAUGUAUGAAACAAUAAUUCAACCAUGA